AUGAGAGAGCGUCGGCGAGAGAGUGUCAGUGAGAGAGCGUCGGUGAGAGGGUCGAUGAGAGAGUUGAUGAGAGAGCGACGGCGAGAGAGCGUCGGUGAGAAGGGAAUCGAUGAAAGAGCCUCGAUGAGAGAGAGUGUCAGUGAGAGAGCGUCGUUGAGAGAGUGUCGGCACUACAAACACAAGAACAACAAACACAAGCACAACAUCCACAAGACCAUCAAACACAAGAUCCACAAGACCAUCAAACACAAGAUCCACAAGACCAUCAAACACAAGAUCCACAAGAACAUCAAACAAAAACAUCAAACACAAGUUCAACAUCCACAAGAACAUCAAACAAGAACAUCAAACACAAGCUCAACAUCCACAAGAACAUCAAACAAGAACAUCAAACACAAGCUCAACAUCCACAAGAACAUCAAACACAAGCACAACAUCCUCAAGAACAUCAAACACAAGCACAACAUCCUCAAGAACAUCAAACACGAGCACAACAUCCACAAGAACAUCAAACACAAGCACAACAUCCACAAGAACAUCCAACGCAGCACAACCUCAACAAGAACAAAAAAACAAGAAGAUCAAACACAAAAUCAUCAAGCACAAGAAACAUCAAGCACAAGAUCCACAAGAACAUGA